AUAGAAUAAUAAUAAUAUGUGUACAAAAUGAGCUUCUUUUGACCUUCCUCCUCCCCAGUCUAAGCCAAAAUCCGUCAACGAACCCACCCGGCCCGAUCACCGAACCGGAACUGACAAACGCAAAUGGCAUUGCUCGGCGACGACGGGCGGGGUUACGAGCUAGCUCGGAAGCUAGAGAGCCACGGCGUAUGGCGUUCAUGGCUCGGCGAUUCACUUUAUACAAACUUUAUUCACUUCCUUUCUUCUCCUUCUACUUGGGAUUCCUUCAUGCGAACCGACGAUUCCAAAUCUAGGGUUCAGAUACAACUCCAGCUUCGUGCUCGUGCUCUCCUCUUCGAUAAAGCUUCUAUCGCUCUCUUCCUCCGAUCCGAUAAAUCGCCGCCGUCAAUUCACACUUCUGCUGCAAUUUCGAAGCUCAAUCCAAACUACUUGCAAUUGCAUGGUGAUGAUGUGUAUUUUACUCUCGAGAAUUGUUCGCAAGAUGUUGCUAGUACAAGCACUGUAUUAUCUAAGGUCCAAUCAAAGUCAAAUUUUGGUGUUGGAUCCAGAUAUAGCGAGUCAGAAGCUGAUGCAAUGUCGCAGAGGUUGAAGCUUGAUGAUUUACCUGAAACAUGGUAUAACCAGUUCUUUGAAAAAUACAAAGCAAGUAAAUCAUAUAGGUUACAGUUUGGUGACAGGGAAGCAGAAAAGCGAACACCUGAACAGAUGUCCUCUUAUCUUAGAGUUGUUGAGAAUCACAAGAGACGGCGAGUAGCUUUUAAGGUAGAUCAGAACAUUGGUUUUGGCAUGUUGGAUGAUGGAUCAAACCUGCAAUCAAACUCAGUUUUAGAUAACGACAGCCCAUUUUUUCCUGAAACGAUGUCUGCCAUGAAUUGCGUUCCUGAAAGUGCAGUCCUACGGACAAGUCAAUUGAAAGAGAACCAGAAAGUAGAGUUCAACGGGGUUCUAGAUACUUUACCCCAAAUAAUGACCAAGAGCCCUAUUAGCCCUAUUAUGAUUGAGAGGCUUGGUAUUAGACCAGAGUACCUGAGCAUGGAACAAGGCAGUAAUCAAAAUCAUGGAAAGAGUGGUGGUGAAAGGAAGAGGAAAUGUCUUGGUGAAGAGCAAGCAUUAAAGUUAUCUCAAAAGGUGAUGGCACAAUUGCUGGGAAAUGUGGGUUUCGAAGGCUCAUCUGAAGUUCCACUAGAAGUCUUGACUAAAUUCCUGAGUUGCCAUAUUCACAAAUUAGGUGCUACCUUGAAACUCCUUUCUGAUAGCUACAGAAAGCAGUGUUCAGCGAUGGAGCUUCUGAAGAUGUUUCUUCAUACAGCUGGACAUAGUAAUCUUGCAGUGUUAUCUGAACUUGUGAAGGAUAAUACUAGGAAUUUUGUGCAAACUCAGCAGCAAGUACAGGGAUUCCAACAACAGUUGCAACCUCAGCAUCAAGCUGCUAUUCGGCAGUCAACGCAGACACAGCAGAUAUUAAGAAUGCAUCCUCAAAUGCAGCAGAUGCUCAAUUCCCAAAAUCUGACUCCUCAGCAACAGCAGCUGCUGGUGGAGAGAAUGCGAAGGCGCCAGCAGUUAACGCCUCGUCCUGGUAUGAGUAUGAAUAUGAACAUCGACAAGGACAGGCCAGUGGUCCAAGUCAAGCUUGAACAUCCAACUGAUUUUCCAAUGGAUAAUAAUGCCUUUAAUGCAAUGGCUGCGAGACAGCCCCAGAUGCAGCAGUUUCGCCAGCAACAAAUUGCAGCUAUAUCAUCUCCCUAUGCUCAAAACACAAAUCAGUUUAGGCCGAUGGCUUCUCUUCAAAUUCCGCAAGUGCAGUCACCGAACACGGGAAUGCCCAGGGCUCCCCCUGUAAAAGUUGAAGGCUUCCAGGAAUUGAUGGGUGGAGAUGCAACAAUGAAGCAUGAUUCUGAAGAAAAUAAGUUAAUGUCUCCUCAAAAAUAGCAUUGUGCCGAUGGUUAGUAAGUAUGGAGUAGCAGUAGAUGGGUUCUUAAAUGAGCUGUUUGCUUGUCACUUUUCUGAACUCCUUGUUUUGUUACAUUGUUUAGCUAAAUCAUUUAUGUGCAUGUGACUGCAAUAACAAAAUUUAGGCGCAUUAGACUUUUGUCAUCAGGAUGGCUGCUGUGAUCAGGUGUACUCCAUAUUACUUUGUCAUUCGGCUUUGUUCCUCCGGAAAUGUGCAUAUGUAGUAUUUGUAUAUUUUUAUUGUGUCGACUCAUGAAGCCUUGUAAUACUCUUCAGCAAGCAUAUUAUAAUACGUGCUCAUGCGCAGAGAGUUUUUCCUGCCACUAUUUUAAAGAA